CUUCGUUGUGAAGAUGGCGUCGGGCAGUGGGACAAAAAACUUGGACUUUCGCCGGAAGUGGGACAAAGAUGAAUACGAGAAGCUCGCCGAGAAGAGGCUCACCGAAGAGAGAGAAAAGAAGGAUGGAAAACCAGUGCAGCCAGUCAAGCGGGAGCUCCUGCGGCACAGGGACUACAAGGUGGACCUGGAAUCCAAGCUUGGGAAGACAAUUGUCAUUACCAAGACCACCCCACAGUCUGAGAUGGGAGGAUAUUACUGCAAUGUCUGUGACUGUGUGGUGAAGGACUCCAUCAAUUUUCUGGAUCACAUUAAUGGAAAGAAACAUCAGCGAAACCUGGGCAUGUCUAUGCGUGUGGAACGUUCCACUCUGGACCAGGUGAAGAAACGUUUUGAAGUUAACAAGAAAAAAAUGGAAGAGAAGCAGAAGGAUUAUGAUUUUGAGGAAAGGAUGAAGGAGCUCAGAGAAGAGGAGGAAAAAGCCAAAGCGUACAAGAAAGAGAAACAGAAGGAGAAGAAAAGGAGAGCUGAGGAGGACUUGACAUUUGAGGAAGAUGAUGAGAUGGCAGCUGUGAUGGGCUUCUCUGGCUUUGGUUCCACCAAGAAGAGUUACUGAGGCUUUCUAUACUUGGCCUAACUUUGGCCUAUGCUGGACCUAACUUUGUGUGUGGGAGGGGUUAUUUCUUUUUGGGUACUGGGGAAAGUCCUUAAGAGUGUCAAUGGGGAGGGCUAAAGGGUGAGUGUUUGUGGUUUCCCUCUACUGUGGGAGAGGGCACAGGAUACAGAGGUAAUUCUGUGGCAUAUUCCUUCAGCCUCAGUAUAUCACUGGAGUCACAAGACCUCUGCCCAUCUGAGUUCCCAGUAAAGAAAAACCUCCCCUUCUGAGGCUGCUUUCCCAAAAUUCCCCCUCCAUCUUUACCUCUUCAUCUAUCCAGCUUCUUGUCUGAGCAUCCUACCUUUAUCCUAUGAUCUGCCUUGUUUUAAUUUUUACUCUUGUUUAGCCUCCAGCAGAGGAGAGGGUGCUUUAGGGCCCCGUUUCCAGCUGGUGACAUAUCCUUGACCAGCUCCCUCCUCCCAUCCUGCCCUGUGCAUGCAUGUGUACUUCUGCCUGAGUUAAUGGUGUGUGCGGAUGUGUGUGCAUGAAUCCAUCAUAUAGAGGGGGCCUGAGCUAGAAUCUCAGAACAUUGCUGCCCUGGGGCCUGAUGUUCUUGGCUUCCUCAGAGCAUGUAACAGGAAAUUAAAUGGGAUGAGUGUUUGGUGUGGUUUGUGUCUGGUGAGUUUUUUAAAGUUGUUCAAAUGUAGACUGUUUUCAGCUUCUCUAGUUUGUUUCAUUUUACUGAGGAUUUCUCUGUUUUUGUCUUCCUUGUGAGCAGGCUCUUGAAAGGACCUGUUUGAUGCAAAAAAAAAAAACAAA